AUGGCCAUUGAUAAAAAAUUGACCAUGUAUAAGCUUCGUCAUUCACUGAUUGUCAAUAUGAAACUUACAUUGGUAGUAUUAAUAGCAGUAUUGGUCACCGCUGAUGCCUGGUGGUUUGGUAAACGAGAUCUGAAAUCUUCACCACUAAGAGCUGCUAUUAGAGCAUUAUGUACAGAAUUUGCUGACUCAACCAGUACAGAACCAAUAUAUGAAAACGUUCGUGAUCUGUGUCAGUUAUUAGCAGACAGACGUCCAGGAGGCGAACCACCAUCAGAAAGACGCCUUGAUACUGAAUUCCCAUGGUAAUAAAAUAUUAAAAUUUUAAA